UCCAGCACUCACAGCACACAAGAGGACUACAAGAUACAGAUUUUUUUUUGUCUGUCAACCAACGUCAGUUUACAGUAGUAACGCCGUUACACAACAUAAACACCAUUAUAGUGUUAAACAUUAUCUCGGGACUGGACGGGCUCUCUAAAGAGACCCUGGUGUGUCACUUAACGGCGGCUGUGUCGGUCGGAUGAGACCAGCAAAAGAGCUGCACUGCCAGUGCCUGGAAUAAAUAAGGCAUUCCUAUCCAUCCCUCUGUCCAUCCCUUCCCUCCCUCCCUCCUCUUGGGGCUGUAAAUAAGCUGGGGCUGUGUAGACCCUUGAGAGGCCUUCCCACUCUUCCCCACCACUGCUACCCCCCCGUCUAACUCCCCUGCCCACUCAGGCUCUGCUGCUGCCCUUUAUGUUGCUGAAAGGCGCCAGGGAGAUGCUCAGAUGAUCCAUUGGGCCAUCCUGAACCACAUCGUCCAUACACCCCGAGACAGGGAAGACUAACUACUGCGAGCGUGAGAGAGCCCUUGGAGGGUGCUGUGAGUACCCUGUGAGGCCCGCCCUCCCGCCAAGCCUGGCAGAAAGCUUGGCUUGCCCCUUCACUCCUCCAGCCCCUGAGAUGCCCUCCCCUCCCAAUGAAGGAGAGGAUCAAGGAGCGUCCCCCGUGAACGUGCCAUCUGUGGGCUCCUACCAGAGCAGUGGGAAGAGGAAGGUGCGCACCAAAAAGAAGAAAGGCACUAUCACCGCCAAUGUUGCUGGCACCAAAUAUGAGAUUGUUCGUAUAGUCAUCAGCGAGGUGGACUUCAUCAAGACCCGGGAAGAUGACGAGACUGCCAACCUCAUCUGGAAUGACUCGGCCGUGCAGCACGAGAAAAUCGCUGAGCUCAGGAAUUAUCAGAGAAUUAACCAUUUCCCUGGCAUGGGCGAAAUCUGCCGGAAAGACUGCCUAGCAAGAAAUAUGUCCAAAAUGAUCAAGUGCCAGCCUCAAGAGUACAGCUUCAUACCCAAAACCUGGAUCUUCCCCGCUGAGUACACUCAGUUCCAGAACUAUGUCAAGGAGCUACGCAGGAAACGCAAGCAGAAGACCUUUAUCGUCAAACCUGCCAACGGAGCCAUGGGUCACGGGAUUUCGCUUAUCCGUAACUGUGAGAAGCUGCCAGCCCAGGAGCACUUUAUCGUUCAGGAGUACCUGGACAAGCCCUUCCUGAUGGAGGGCUACAAGUUUGACCUGCGCAUCUACAUCCUUGUCACUUCCUGCGAUCCGCUUCGCAUUUUUCUCUACAACGACGGCCUGGUUCGCAUGGGCACCGAGAAGUACCACGCACCCAGUGAGGCCAACCUGAGCCAGCUCUACAUGCAUCUGACCAACUACUCAGUCAACAAACACAAUGAGAACUUUGAGCGAGACGAGACGGUGGAUAAAGGCAGCAAGAGGUCCAUCAGGUGGUUCACCGAGUUCCUCCGCACCAACGACUACGAUGUGGCCAAGUUCUGGGGAGACAUCUCGGAGCUGGUGGUGAAGACGUUGAUAGUGGCUGAACCCCACGUGCUGCACGCCUAUCGCAUGUGUCGCCCCGGCCAGCCACCAGGGAGCGACAGCGUCUGCUUUGAGGUCCUGGGCUUUGACAUCAUCCUGGACCGCAAACUCAAACCCUGGCUACUGGAGAUCAAUCGAGCUCCGAGCUUUGGGACCGAUCAGAAGAUUGAUUACGACGUGAAGAAAGGGGUGCUGCUCAAUUCUCUGAAACUCCUCAACAUUCGAGCCAGCGAUAAAAAACGCAACCUGGCCCAGCAAAAGGCCGAGGCUCAGCGACGACUCUACGGACAUGGCUCGAUGAAGAAACUCUCGGCUGCUUCCUCAGACUGGGAGAAACAACGUCACACACUGGAGCGUAGGAGAGAAGAGCUGAAAGAGCGACUGGCACAGGUCCGCAAGCAGAUCUCCAGGGAGGAGCAUGAAAAGCAACAUCUGGGGAACUACAGACGUAUUUACCCCCCAGACGACAAGCUGCUGUUGGAGAAGUAUGAAAGCCUGCUCUCGGCCGCCUUUCAGACCUUCCUCGCCGGGCGAGCUGCCUCACUUCAAAAGGAAAUGAAUAAUCCUCUGAAACGAAUGAAGGAGGAGGACAUCUUGGAUCUGCUGGAGCAAUGCGAGCUGGACGACGAGAAGCUGAUGGGCAAAUCCUCCAGGCAAAGAGGCCCUAAGCCCAUGACCGCCAUGCCAGAAUGCAGCCAGACACCGAGACGUCAACGACCGGACUACCUGGCUGACUUCACCAGUGGAAGCAGCGCCGAUAAUUCCUGCUCCUCCUCCGACGAAGAAGAAGAGGAGGAGAGGAGGAAAGUAGGAGGAGGAGGAGAAGGAAGAAGUGGGGAGAAGAGGGAGAAGAAAGUUUCCUACGACCUUGGGGAGAGCAAGGACAAGAACUUGGCUGAGCGCUCAGGUCGCAUACACUGGAAACCUCCAAUCAAGUCACUCAAAACCAGCCCUGCCUCCUCUGCUUCCCCGACACUCUCCGGUCCAAUCAGGCGCUCCAUCUCCUGCCCUCGCUCCAUUGCCUCCCUCUCAUCGCCCAGCGAGGUGAGGGCACUGUCCACCAGGCCUUCUCCCACAGUUCCCAUGGCCACUCCCCUUGUCAGGCCGAGCUCCGCCACGCUGCGCUCUCACUCGCUGAGCCGCAGUGGCUCCGCCCACCGCGUUCCUCACAGCAAUAGCUUGGGGACCAUCCACUCCAACAUAGGAGAUCCGCUGAUAAACCUGAGGAGUAAAGAGCAGGAGGCCGAGCUGGUGCGUCAGACCCUGGCUGCGCUCACCGCCAUGAGGAUCAGGUUUCCGGGCAAAACCGAGGAAGAGGCCGAGGCUGUGUUGGAUGAGAUUCUCGACAACUGGAAAUACCAUAAAUCAAAGGUGGCCUCCUAUUGGCUGGUGAAGCUGGACUCUACCAAACAACGGAAGGUGUUGGACAUCGUAAGGACCAAUGUACGCUCAGCGCUGCAACGAAUCUGGAGGGAGCCGGACGUAGAGAGUCUCCACCUCUACCGGCUCUUUAACCGCGUCUUCAACCGGCUGCUCUGGAGUCAUGGACAGGGCCUGUGGAACUGCUUCUCCAACACUGGCUCAUCGUGGGAGACCAUCUUCAGUAAGAGCAGCGAGGUGGUUUCACCCCAGGAGCUGCAGUGCUGCCGCCGCCUGGUCCAGCUGUGCCGAGACUGCCUGUUGGUCGUCUACAAGUUUGUCUCAGAGUCUCGUGGCUCUUUGACCGGACUCAGCCCCGAAUGGGACGACACCAGGUAUCUGCUGCCAGUGACCUCCCAGUUCAUCAUGAAGUGGCCUUCGUCCAGCUUUGGCCGCAUCUCCUCGGCAGUGCCGCGCUCGCGCAGCCUUUUCGCUGCCAGGAUGGGCCACUUCUGAGGUCACCGUGGCAACCCUGGAUUCUGACACCUCGCCUUUUGACCUCAACCUCCCUUCCCCUGACUCUCACCCAGCCAAACUCCGAUCUCAGCAACUUCGGAACAGAUCUGAAUUCGAGGCAACUCUGGAAACCGACUAAAGCCUCAACCCUGGCCAAAUCCCCCUGUGGAAGACCAACAAAGAAAGGCCAGAUGAUUUGGGACUGCUAAAGGGCCUUGUUCAGUUUAGAUUAGUUUGGACCUGCCUAGAACCAGCAGACCACUGGUACCCUCCACCCUGUCCUUUACCCCUCGUAACAUCAGACAAUGGGUUCACCCCUCUUCUCUCAUUGUAAUUGCUGUAUUAUACCUACUCACUGUACAGUUACAAGUCAUGGUACUGUAAAAGGAAAGAAUAACAAAUACUAAACAAUGCAAGGAUUAUUUAUUUAUGUACUUACUUAUUUUGUAAGGUAUUCCAUGAAUGCAGUGAAUGCUGAUGCAGAAUGCAGAUAUGGAAUGAUCAACAAAGCUGUCCCUUGUUUGAGAAAGUGGAUGUAAAAAAACAAAACAACAACGACAAAAAGCUUAUUUUUGCUGGCUGUAAUCAGUUAUUUUAUGUCUGAAUUUUAUUUAUUUCAUAACUUAUAUCAGAGGCUUUAUGUUUAUAAAUGUUUCAACGGUCACUUUAUGUUUUUACAGUAGCGAGGUGGAGCCCCAGGAACUCAAGACGUUUAACUUUUGGAUGCUAAUGCUUCAUGUUUUACCUGUGUGAUAUUAAGUGCAGCACUAUUAAGCAACACAAUGUUUAGAAUGUCAUUGUAGUAAAGCCAAGCCUCUUUGCCUCUUAGAGAACGAGCUGACUUUGACGCCACAACGAGCCAAACUUAAGUCUCAGAGAGCACCCGGUUCCUAAUAUGCACUUUGCAGUUUGUCACAGGAAGAGAAAGCGGGUGCACAUUACCGUAGUGUUUGCAUGCCUAGAUUUUAGUCCCUCACCCAGAUGUAGUGGUUAGACAGAGGAGCUGCGUUUUGGAAUAUACUUGAAGUUUUGUGUUGUCAUUAAUUAUUGUGUCUUUGUGUCGGCUGCACUCAGAGGGAGACACUUCACUUUUAGAUUUGUCGUCUUGAUGUGUUAAAGAUUAUAAGGAUGUGUUGCAUCAGCUUACAGAUUGUGCGGCACGUUGAAUGACUCGGCUCAUCAGCCCAAAUGUUCUGUAACAGCCGAAUGAGCAGCUGCAGCCUUUUUUAUCCCACCGCACUGUAUGUACAAGUGCCAGGGAGAUCAUGGAUGUGCCAAUAAUAAGCACAUCUACUUCAUGUGUUCAGUUGGGUUUAAUUUAAGGUUACAAUGUCGCGAAACUGUAGGACCUCAGUUUAAUACAGUAUUAAAUGUCGGUAGGGAGAAAUGCAGUGUUAUAUGUUUAGUAGUUUACUUGGCUCUGUGUACAACCCCAUGAGAUGAUACUAGACCUUUAAAGAUGGUAGUGUGUCAACAGAGUGUACGAUACAGUACAGUGUGCAUUUUAUAACAUCAGUCCUGACUAACACGUGUGGCGGCAAUGCUGUGCUAAAUCUGCUAAAAUUUAAGUCUCCCCAUACACAGAACAUCAUGUCAAUGCCAAAUAUUUUUAUUUUGCCUGAUUUUAUUUGUGUUAUUUAAGAGUAGUACUUUUUUCAUUGGAGGUAUGAGAUUUUUAAUUUUACAUAGCAAUAAAAUGUUUAAACAAAAGCAUGUUCUGUAUGUGUCAUAUGUUGUCUU